AUCCACUCAAAAUUGGAGGGUAAUGAGCUUCAAUUUUCCAUUUCCACUUUGCCCUAAAACCCUAAUAAAAUAAAAGCUAAAAAACCCGUUGCGAACACAGGUGAGAGAGAGAGAGAGAGAGAAAAUGGCGAUACUUCAUCCUCUCACAAACCCCAACGAGCUUUCUUCGCUCUCACUCUCACUCUCGUGCUCCUGUAUCCAACACAAUGCACUCACAACCUCCGUUUCUCUCAUUCCCCCACAACGCCGCCGUUUCGCCUCCGUCAGAUGCUCCUACGCUUACGUCGAUAAUGCCAAGAUUAAGGUAGUCGGCAUCGGUGGCGGCGGCAACAAUGCCGUUAAUCGCAUGAUCGGUAGUGGUUUGCAGGGUGUAGACUUCUAUGCGAUAAAUACAGAUGCUCAGGCACUGUUACAUUCUGCUGCUGAGAACCCUAUUAAAAUUGGAGAAGUUCUGACUCGUGGAUUAGGUACUGGUGGGAAUCCACUUUUGGGGGAACAAGCUGCGGAGGAAUCAAGAGAAGCUAUUGCCGAUGCUCUUAAAGGAUCGGAUUUGGUGUUUAUAACUGCUGGGAUGGGUGGAGGUACGGGCUCUGGUGCUGCUCCAGUGGUGGCCCAAAUAUCAAAAGAAGCAGGUUACUUGACUGUAGGUGUUGUUACCUAUCCCUUCAGUUUUGAAGGACGUAAGAGAUCCUUGCAGGCCUUUGAAGCCAUUGAAAGGCUACAGAAAAAUGUUGAUACACUUAUAGUGAUUCCAAAUGACCGUCUGCUUGACAUAGCUGAUGAGCAGAUGCCUCUCCAGGAUGCUUUCCGUCUUGCAGAUGAUGUUCUACGGCAAGGAGUUCAGGGAAUAUCAGACAUUAUUACAGUACCUGGACUUGUCAACGUGGAUUUUGCUGAUGUAAAAGCUGUGAUGAGAGACUCUGGAACUGCAAUGCUUGGAGUAGGUGUUUCCUCUGGUAAAAACCGAGCAGAAGAAGCAGCAGAACAGGCUACUUUGGCUCCUUUAAUCGGAUCAUCUAUUCAGUCUGCUACUGGGGUAGUGUAUAAUAUUACUGGAGGAAAGGACAUAACCCUACAGGAAGUGAAUAGGGUUUCUCAGGUGGUGACUAGUUUGGCAGAUCCUUCUGCUAAUAUUAUAUUUGGGGCUGUUGUUGAUGAUCGCUACACUGGGGAGAUUCACGUGACUAUCAUUGCAACUGGCUUCUCGCAGUCAUUUCAGAAGAAGUUGCUAAUGGAUCCAAGGGCUGCAAAGCUGCUUGACAAAGCUGCCGAAGGCCAACAAAGCAAGUCAGCCCCUUCUAUCAAGUCCUCAAAUAAGGUUGAAUCUAGAGCACCCCCGCGGAAGCUCUUUUUUUAAGUGCAUACUUGUUUUACCCUUAAUUUUUCCAAUUGUUACGUUGUAGUGUAGUCAUUCUGUAGUACAAUGAUCUUCAUGCUUAAUUGAUUUAGUGAGAUAUCAUUCUCUCGA